AUGUUUUGCUUUAUUAUUAUCCCUGCAGUGAAAUUAGGACCCAAAUUAACAGAAACUUUGAAAGGGAAGCUGAGGCUAGGGGCAAGAAUCCUUCGGGUAGGCGGACUGGAAAAAAUUUUCAAGCUAAACUUCAAUGUUAGCAAUGGCGAAAAGCAUAUAACGGCUUCUCAAUGCUAUUUAUCGACCACAGCUGGGCCGAUAGCAGGCCAUCUGUUGAAAUCAACUGAUAAAAUUGCCUUCUACAGUGAGAGAUCAAUUAAACUCUCUUCUCCAACUAGAAAACUGCUUAAAAUACAUUAUAAGGUCAUGAUCCCUGCAAGGAGAAUAAAGAGAGCCAAAGAAAGUGAAAAUGCAAAAAAACCAAGGCAAAAGUAUGUGCAGAUAGUUACCGACGACAAGUUCGAGUUCUGGUUCAUGGGAUUUCUAAAUCAUCAAAAAGCAUUCAAGUAUCUGCAGCAGGCAACCUCUCAAACUCCAUCAAUCAAGCACAGAAAAGAACACUCUAAAAGAAAAGGUUGUUUCUUCUUGGUUUGGAUAAAUAUGGAAAAGGUGAUUGGCGAAGCAUUUCCCGGAACUUUGUGGUGA